AUGCGGUGCGGUUGUGCGCGGGGGUGCCAGCACGGUUUACCGUGCGUCGAGGUGAUGAUGAGGUUCGGCGGUGGUGUUGGUGGUGGGUUUUUAGGCGGUGCUCCGGCGCGUUGCUUAGAGAGCGACGGUUGUAUGAUAUAUGGGGUGAGUGAGGCGAUAACAGAGGUGGUGCUCCGGUGCCUUGAAAAUCAAGGCUCAUAUGAUAUAUUGAUGAAUGGACUUUCCUUACAGUCUACCACUACUCCUAAGAAAGCAAAUAAAGUCCUGAGCUUAGCAUUUAUAGGAGUCCUGGAGGGACAUUCGAAGCUGACAAGACCUGCGUGGUGGAGCCUGGCCAGGCAAGUGGGUAGUCAAAUCGGCAUUUGGGAUCGUGAAGCAUGGUGGUCUGGGGUUGAGAAGCAUGGUGGUGUGACCCCCAUAAAUCUCGGCCACCGCCCUGAUCGUAAGUUGUGCCCCCUUGGCCGUGGGAACGCAUUUAAUGCCCUGGACUGGUGGUUGAUGAUCUGA